AUGCCGUGUAUUACGGAGAACAAAGAAGGUGGCAGGAGUCCUUUGGUUGUUGAAAUGUUAAUAGUGACUGUGCUUGUAUUGUUUUGGUUUUUGGCAGGUAACCCUGGACUGGCAGGUUAUUACAGGACCUUUAUACAGGCCUUAUAUUGUGGACUAAAUCAGCAGUAUCCCGUGUGGGUUGUGAGCCACGCCGGACAUUGUAAGCCUCCCAGUGGUAUGGAAAUGAUAGAAGACACGGAUAUUAAGGAGCUAGAGGAUGUUUUUGGACUUAACGGACAAGUAGAGCAUAAGCUGAACUUCCUCAAAAAGAAUGUAUCAAAAGAUAUAAAGCUGGUACUGAUUGCUCAUUCUAUUGGUUGCUACAUCACACUGGAGAUGAUGAAGAGAGCAUCAGAACUUCAG